UCGCCCUCCCAGCACUCACUCGCCGAGAUCACGCUGCCGCUCACUUGCUUUCCCCCCUCCUCCUCCUCCUUCUUAUUAGGGAAUCUUCAGCCUGGACGGAGAUCGUUGAAGGGGCAAUGGGGCAAUCAAUGGAGAGUUUUUAGGAGGAAAAAGAUGGAAAAGGGAGGCAUCAUGAACACCACUGAGUCAGAAGGACUGAUCCCGGGUUAUAACAACCGGAGUCAAACUUCCGGAACCUUGCUCACCAAAGAGGAUCCGGCGGGCCGGCAGGACUCCUCGGCGGGAUGCUAUGAGCAGCUGCUCAUCUCCACCGAGGUCUUCCUGACACUGGGCAUCAUCAGCCUGCUGGAGAACAUCCUGGUGGUGGUGGCUAUCAUCAAGAACAGAAACCUGCACUCGCCCAUGUACUUCUUCAUCUGCAGCCUGGCGGUGGCCGACAUGCUGGUGAGCGCCUCCAAUGCCUCCGAGACCAUCGUCAUCGCGCUCAUCAACGACGGCAGCCUGAGCAUCCCUGUGACGCUCAUCAAGAGCAUGGACAACGUCUUUGACUCCAUGAUCUGCAGCUCCCUGCUGGCGUCCAUCUGCAGCCUGCUGGCCAUCGCCAUCGACCGCUACAUCACCAUCUUCUAUGCGCUGCGCUACCACAACAUCGUCACCUUGAGGCGAGCCACGCUGGUCAUCAGCAGCAUCUGGACCUGCUGCACCGUGUCGGGCGUGCUCUUCAUUGUCUACUCGGAGAGCACCACGGUGCUCAUCUGCCUCAUCAGCAUGUUCUUCACCAUGCUGGUGCUCAUGGCCUCGCUGUACGUGCACAUGUUCCUGCUGGCGCGUCUGCACAUGAAGCGCAUCGCCGCGCUCCCGGGCCACGCCCCCGUCCAGCAGCGGGCCAACAUGAAGGGCGCCAUCACGCUCACCAUCCUGCUGGGCGUCUUCGUGGUGUGCUGGGCGCCCUUCUUCCUGCACCUCAUCCUCAUGAUCAGCUGCCCCCGCAACCCCUACUGCACCUGCUUCAUGUCGCACUUCAACAUGUACCUCAUCCUCAUCAUGUGCAACUCCGUCAUCGACCCCAUCAUCUACGCCUUCCGCAGCCAGGAGAUGAGGAAGACCUUCAAGGAGAUCUUCUGCUGCUCACACGCCCUCCUGUGCGUGUGAGCGGCGAGCCUGAACUUUGACCUUUAGGCGUGAUUACUCAGAAGUGGAGGUAGGACACACGUUGGUCCGAUGAAAUGAAACACUGAAGUCAUGCGACACGGCUGCAUUUUGCACAACAUGGCCUUAAAUGCAACACGAUGACACAAAAGUAUUGGGACACCUGCAGGAAGUGUCAAGUGAAGAAAAUGUGGCGUUUGACACUCUUUUGGGAAGACAAGGCAUGCCUUUACGAACACUGGGACAAAAAAAGGUUUGUCCUCUUGUUGAGAAAGACCUGCACCCCAACACUUAUGCCCAUAUGGCUGUGGUUCUCAAUUAUGUUCUGGCAUGCACCCCCAAAGCGUUCAAAUUAUUUUCAACCCCCCAUCUGAAUUGAAAUAUUAUUGAGAGCCUGAUCAUAUUUAUUUAUGUAUCUGUACAAACCACUGUAUGAGCAUUCCACAUACAAUCACCUGAUUAUUCAAAUAGAUGAAUAAAAGGAGCUGAGAUAACAUCUGCAACAAUUUCCAAGUUAGAUUUACUCACAACGCCGCCGCCCCCCCGUGGGAGCCCGCCCAACUAUAUGAGAAGCACUGCCAUAUGGGAUAAAUCGGGGGGGAGUGCCAUUUAUGGCCCUCAGCUCAUUUUUUAGGGGCACAAUGCAAAAAUAUUGGAUAUGACAACAAUAUUAAUAAUAUGCCUUGUCACCCAUAACACAUUUUUAUUUAAAUUACUUAUCAUUUCUUAGUAAAUCUACUCUGGAUUGGUUUUAGCCUUUUUACAAGAUUGAAAACAUCAAAAAAGCCCCUCACAUCUUUUGAUUUUUUCCGUAUGAGGACCCUGUGGGCAAAGAUGGCCCAUUUAGACAUUUCUAGUGAGGCGCUUUUAUGGGCCUGCUGUGCGAAAGUACUUCAGUAAACCUCACUCUCUGACGCCUUCAGAGUCGUGCCGGACAGCUCGGGCUUUUAGCUCGGUGGCUCGACUCUCGUUCUGCGGAUGAGUGGGGCUGGUUGGAGCGAGCGGGUUGCACUUAGUUGAGCUUCCAGGAAGGAUAUCCUGGGAAGAGGGAUGGGAUGUAACAUGAAGUCCACAAGGGGAUCACCUGAUCAGAGGACAAAGACAGGAUAUAUCCCCAAAAUGUGCUUAUGUUUUAGACGAUACCUGACUGAUAAAGUGAUAUGCACUGCCUCGUUACAUGGAAUAAACAAAGCUAAUAGGUAAGAGUCUAUGGGAUAAUUACUGCAUGGGUGAUUAUGUUUCAGCAGCUACUGAAGCCUAACUGAUGCAGUAGUUUCUCAUUUGUAAAACAACCAUGUCUAAAGACGCACCGUUCGGUCGUGGAAAAGAUGUUCUUGUGCUUCAGAAGGGUCUUGGCAUGCAUCCAGCAUGAGAAAACAUUGUAGAAACUACUAAAAUCAGCCUGAUGCAUUAUUGAAAUGUGGAAGAACAGUGGGGAAACUUGGCGCGGUGGUCUCAGCAAAACAAGAUCUUAUCCAAAAAUGAAUGCACAGAAAUAAAUGUGACAUUGCAGAAGCUUGUGGAAACGAUGCCACAGCAAAUGCGUGCUGAAAUCAAAGCUAAAUAUGGUACAGCUAAAUAUUAGCGCAUGUGGCCUUUUUGUAGCCAGGCAGUGUGUUCCAUCAACACCAGGAGGAAAACACAAGCGUACAUUAAUGACAAAGACUGUCUCUGAUAUCCCGGCGGGAUGCUGUGUUUCCCACCCCUGAGCUGCUCCAAAAAAAGGAUGUCUCCUCCUCGGGGAAUCAUAAGACGAAAGCGCACACAAACAGGCAACUGUUGCCCUCACAUAACAAAAUGUUUGUGUACUUGGGAUGAAAAGGUCGGUGCACUAAAACGAAAACAUGACUUACUUGGCGCAUUAUCACAAAGAUGACACUUAUCAGGUCUCUGAGCGACACGGACUUGAGUCACGCUGACUCGCUAAAGACAUGACCAUAAGGCGUCUUAAAAAGAAGUGUUGUGUUGAUGUUGUGUCGUGUCAUUCAGCUGGCAUGUUUGGUCGCUAUGGUUACAAUCAGCAUCAGCAUCACUAACUAGCUAUUGUUAUAAUUCAUGUGUUAAUGACACCACUCAUGACUGGAGGUUGAAGGGGUUGACUUGCUGACUUAAGCUUCUUUCACACAGACCUUAAAAGACGCUUUGUUUCCCUACACUGUGCAAAAAGCACCGACACAGAAUGAGGGCAUAGAGUUGCCCCAGCAAUUUUUCAGCUUUUUUUUUUUGUUGUUUUUGUCCUGUCCAGCCAUUAGGGCAGAUAGUAUUGUUGAUCUAAAUGCCCUCACGUGCUCAACAGAUUUGCUCUGCGAGGGAAAAGUGUGAGAUACACUUCCCCUGUUAUACAGAAUUUAUUUGACUUUGAUGUAUUGUUGCUAUGCAAAUUUGGAGUGGCUGGACCGGAGCAGGAGGGGAUAGAGAAGAAGAGAAAGGAAAACAGAGAGGGGGGUGCAGGGAUAAGAGGGGGACAAAGAAGAGAGACAAUUUUCCAGCUUUGGAGGUACUAUAAUAGCUGUAACAGAGGCGGGACGGUUCCCGCGUAAUAGCGUCCCUCGCAACGCCAGGACUAGAGUUCGACUGUUGUGUUGAAAGCAAUUGUAGUCGAAUUUUAUACGUCACACCAGAUACUGGUGCUGAUCAUGGCGUGUAUUUAUAUGACUGGGAGAUGCUGUGUCCCUGCAUGACAGCAUGCAGAGUUGCCUCAAUAUUCAGCUUCACUUGUCCUGUGUAAAAUGCACACGCAAAUAAAUGCACAAAAGUGUAUGCCGAGUGUAAAGUUUGAUACGUCCUGCACUCAUUUCUCCUGCCAUGUUGUGUUGAAAGUAACUGAUUCUGUUUUUGAAGUCACACUAGGCGACCUCACUAAUGUCAUCAAAUUAUCUUAUAGCAGGAUUCUGUGUGAAAUGCAUUGCUGAAUAAAUGUAGGAUCUACUCUUUGCCUCAGUAUUCCGCUUCACUGGCUUCUGUGUAAAAGGCAUGGGCUCAUGAAUCGGGACAGUACCUGUUUGAAAGCGUACCCCGCAAUACCGGGACUGGAAUAUCAAGUUUGAAACCUGAGAUGCACUUUUCCUGCCCUGCUGUGUUGAAAGCGAUUGUUGUUCGUUGACGUAUUCAUACGUCACAACAGAUGCUGGCAUCUAAUUAUCUGAUAGUGUGAUUCUGUGUCUGAAAAUGUUGAAUUGUGCAGGCAUGUCAGGCGAAUAAAUGCAGGUUGUACUGUACUGGUGCGGCUCUAAAGCAUUGGACUUGGGAUUGAUUUGGGAAAUGCAUGAGACUUGGAGACAAUAGCCUCUUUCACACAGAGAUCCCGCAAAAUUGGAGCAUCAGGGACAUACUGUAACAGCAAAGCCCACAUUUAUUCGCCUGUCCAUUUCACACAGAACCCAGCGUUUUCACACAGCGACCAGGUGACCAGUGUGACUUCAGCACCAGCAUCUGGUGUAAUGUUUAAAAUACUUGUCUCUAAUAGUGGAGCACACAUUUAUUUGCCUGUGUCUUACACACAGAACCUGGCAAAAUGGAAUACCGACGAUGUGCGCUUUCACACAGCAACACGGCAUCCCGCAGUUAGAUAAUGUACAAAAUAUAGCGACGGUGUUAAACUUCACAACACUGUCCCAGCACUGCGGGAUGCGCAUUCACACAGGCACAUUCCCACCUCUAUUACUAACUUCAUAGGUUUAAAACAUUCCGUGACGGUGCCGUGCAUACAGAACAGCAAGACAGGAAAAUGCCAGAGACCUGGACCAAAAACACUUGGGACUAAUUGUGGACACAAUAAGUUGUUGAGCUCUGUCCUUGUAGCUUUUUCCUUAAAUGUGCGCACGCCAAAGAAGAAAUGUGCAGUAAAAUGUGAGUUUUUUUGGUGUUGUCCUGUUCUUAU